UCACACUACCAGCAUUUAUGUUAAUUUUGUUUGACAAUUUUUUUAGGCUUGAUUUCAAGGAAUGAGAACUUUUCAUCUGGAGGAAGAGAUAAAGACUGAAAGAUGCGGAUCUGCAUGGUGUCGGACUUCUUCUACCCGAGCAUCGGCGGCGUGGAGGAGCACGUGUACAACCUAUCGCAAAUGCUGCUUAGGCAGGGCCACAAGGUUGUGGUGCUGACCCACGCAUAUGGAGACUGCAGUGGCGUCCGCUACGUAACGGGCGGCAUGAAGGUCUACUAUCUGCCCAUCAAAGUUUGCUACAACCAGUGCAUCUUGCCCACUGCCGUCUGCAAUGUGCCCAUGCUAAGGGCGGUGCUGCUGCGAGAGCGCGUUGACGUGGUCCACGGGCACUCGGCCUUCAGCGCUUUGGCCCAUGAGGCGCUGAUGGUGGGGUCCCUGCUCGGCUUGAAGACUGUCUUCACUGAUCACAGUUUGUUUGGCUUCGCGGAUCUCUCGGCUGCCCUGACCAAUAACCUGCUGGAGGUAAACCUGGGCAUGGUCAACCAUGCUAUAUGUGUGUCGCACAUCGGCAAGGAGAACACGGUCUUGAGAGCCCGAGUGGCCAAGCACCGUGUGUCGGUUAUUCCCAAUGCUGUCGACACUGCCUUGUUUACCCCCGAUCCUCAACAGCGACCCAGUAAUGGAACGAUUAAUAUUGUGGUGGCCUCACGCCUCGUCUACCGGAAAGGCAUUGAUCUAUUAGCAGGCAUUAUUCCGCGUUUCAAGAACAUGCCUUAUGUGCACUUCAUAAUUGUGGGCGACGGCCCGAAGCGGGAUCUGCUGGAGGAGAUUCGCGAGAAGUCAAACAUGCAAAACCGAGUGGAAAUGGUGGGUGCUGUGGAGCAUUCCCAAGUGCGUGACCACCUAGUGCGAGGCCACAUCUUCGUGAAUACGUCUCUAACGGAGGCCUACUGCAUGGCUAUCGUUGAGGCAGCCGCCUGCGGGCUGCAGGUAGUCUCCACCAGUGUCGGCGGCAUUCCAGAGGUUCUGCCCAAAAGCUUGAUACUGCUGGCAGAGCCGGAAAUUGACGCCAUAUACACUGGCAUUUUAGUGGCCAUCGAGAGGCAUCUGAGGUGCUCGUUUAAAGUCAAUCCUCCUGCGACUUCGGUGGCAAAUGGUCACGUGCCAACGGAGGCCAAUGGACGCGGAAAGCGGCGACGAAAUAAGGUAAACAAGACGAAAUCAACUACCACUUCCACGACCCAACUGCCCCAAACGGUCUUGGACCAGAAGGGCCACACAAAGCCAGUGCUUUGUCCAUACAGAUGCAACGAGCUGGUGGAGACGCUCUACAACUGGGAGGAUGUAGCCCUGCGCACCGUAAAGGUCUACGAUCGCGUUAUGCAGGAGCGUUCCUUUACCACCAGCGAGCUGGUGUACGCAGUGUGGCAGCACGGAUCCUGGUUCUUGGUGUUUUUUGUGGUAGCCCAUUUCAUGAUGCGUUUGCUAGAGGUUUGGCGGCCCCGAAGCCGCGUGGAGCCGGCCCAGGAUAUGCAUUAUUCGCCUAGCUAGCGAUACCGAAAC